AUGGCGGAAAGUUAUGGUAAUCAAAGAAACCAAAGAUAUGUCAUUACUAACCAACUUCAUUUUGAAGUUGAGGUUUUUAAUACGGUUUUAGAUAUGCAAUUUCAAGAACUUGGAAGCCGAUUUAGUGAGGUCUCAACUAGUUUGAUAGAAAAUAUAUCGGGUUUAAAUUCUUGUAAUUCGUUUGCGAAAUUUGACAUAUCUAAGAUAGUGAAAUUUUCAGAGAUGUAUCCAAACGACUUUAAUAAAGAAGAAAGAGGGUGUCUUGUGGGUGAUCUUUCGGUCUUCUAUCACACUUCAACGGAAGAAGAAAAUUUUGCCAGUUUGACUGGAUUAAGUGACCUUGCUUGUGUAAUGGUGGAAACCAGAAAAAAUGAAACUUUUCCUUUGGUUUAUCGAACAUUGAAGCUAGCAUUGGUUUUACCGGCUGCAUGCAACCGUUGA